AGCCGAAGAUGUCGGCUCGGUCAUGUGAUCAGCAGUGUCCAAUCACAGCUGAUCGCAUGGGACAUGUACAUUGAUCAUCGGGGCACUGAUGAUCGGUGUGCCCUGAUGAUCAGUGUAGCCCCAGCAGUGCCACCUGUCAGUGUCCAUCAAUGCCAGCUGUUAGUGCUCAUCAAUGCCACCUGCCAGUGCCCAUCAGUGCCUCAUCCAUGCCACAUAUCAGUGCCUACCAGUGCACAUCAAUGCCACAUAUCAGUGCCCAUCUGAGCUGCCUUUCAGUGCCACCUAUCAAUGCCAGUCAGAGCCACCUAUCAGUGCUGCCAAUCAGUGCCACCUAUCAGUGCUGCCAAUCAGUGCCACCUAUCAGU